UCCUCGUCCUCUUUGGACGGUUUUAUCAGCUCUCAAGGAUUCCGCUGGAGCUGAGCCCGGGGCUCCCCUCCUCGGGCUGUGGAGCCCCGGCCUCUCUCUCGGGCAGCGGUCGGGCCGGGCGCCUCCCCCUCAGUGUCCUCCUCUAAUCCUUCAGCCUGUACUGCCAGUUCAGUUACGCCCAGCCCUCCCGGCCUUGCGCCUGGCCCCCUCUUCUCCCCAGGACUACCGUCGAUCACACGGUCCCCCUUCCCUAGCCCGGCUGCGCUCCGGCCGCCGCUGCCCGUCCUCCAUCAGCUAGGGGCAGACCGAUGUUCGGAGACCCCCCUGACCCCAGCCAGCCGACUCUUGCCUCCGUUCCCGGGGCAACCGAGCAGCAGGGGCUGGAGGCAGGCAGCACCAUAUGGCUGUGGGCGGCGUUGGGGCUGGGGACUGGGCUCGUGCUGUUGAUGGCCGGGGUCCGGAGGCUCGUCCUGGGCCGCCACUGGAACGGCCCGAAUCCCUUCGCGGAGGACGCGAGGAGGCCGCCGAGGCCACUGGUGACUGACCAGGAGGCCCGCAGCGGCGUCCUCAAGCAAGCUCUCUCAGACACGCCGGUGCCAGAGCGGCUCGAUGCUGUGGUGAUUGGGAGCGGCAUUGGGGGCCUGGCAGUAGCGGCCAUCCUCGCCAAAGCAGGGAAGCGCGUCCUGGUGUUGGAGCAGCACAUUAAGGCAGGUGGCUGUUGCCAUACCUUUGGCCGGGAUGACCUAGAGUUUGACACAGGAAUCCACUACGUGGGGCAGUUGAAAAAGGGCAGCUUUUGCCGCGUCUUCCUGGACCAGAUCACGGAGGGGCAGCUGGAUUGGGCUUACCUGGGUUCCCCCAUUGACAUCAUGGUGCUAGAGGGCCCCAGUGGCAGGAGGCAAUUCCCCAUGUACUCUGGGGAGAAAGCCUUUGUCCAGGGCCUCAAGGAAAAGUUCCCUGACGAAGAAGCUGCCAUCGACAAGUACAUGAAGAUGGUGAAGCAGGUAGCAAAAGGAACCCUUCACAUGGUCCUGCUGAAAAUCCUCCCUUUGCCGGUGGUGAAGCUGCUGGACAAGUUGGGGGUGCUGGCCUUUUUCUCCCCUUUCCUGAGAGCUGCCACCCAGAGCUUAGGGGAGGUGCUCAGCCAGCUGCCUGCCUCCCAGGACCUCAAAGCCGUGCUCAGCUACAUCUACCCCACCUACGGUGCCAUCCCAAAGAAUGCCAGCUUCUCUAUGCAUGCCCUACUAAUCAACCACCUCCUGGAUGGGGCAUUUUACCCUCGGGGAGGCUCCAGCGAAAUUGCUUUUCACAUUAUCCCUGUAAUUCAGCAGGCUGGGGGUGCAGUCCUUACCAGGGCGACUGUGAAAAGUGUGCUGCUAGAUUCCACUGGAAGAGCCUGUGGUGUCAGAGUGAAAAAGGACCGAGGGCUGGUGAGCAUCUUUUCUCCCAUUGUGAUCUCCAAUGCAGGAAUAUUUCAUACCUAUGAGCACUUAUUGCCUGAGAGAGCCCGCUGUUUGCCAGGUAUUCAGACCCAGCUGAGAAUGGUGCAGCAUGGCCCGUCUGCACUUUGUGUCUUCAUCUGCCUCCGAGGCUCCAAGAAAAGCCUGGGCCUGGAAGCCAACAAUUGUUAUCUCUACUUUGACUCAGACACUGACCAAGCGAUGGAGAGGUACCUCUCCCUCUCCAGGGACAAAGCUGUGGCCCACAUCCCCUAUUUCUUCAUCACAUCAGCAUCAGCCAAAGAUCCAACAUGGAAAAUCAGGUUCCCAGACCAAUCAACACUGAUUAUGAUGCUGCCUGCCCGCUAUGAAUGGUUUGAAGAAUGGCAGGAUGAGCCCCCAGGCAAGAGGGGGAGUGACUACGAGGCCCUGAAAAAUUCUUUUAUAGAUGCUUCCAUAUCUGUUCUGAUGAAACUGCACCCUCAGCUGGAGGGGAAGGUUCAUAAUGUGUCAGUAGGGACUCCACUCAGCCAUCAGUCCUUCCUGGCUGCCCCCCACGGAGAGAACUAUGGGAUUGACCACAACCUGAACCGUCUACAGCCCCAUGUAAUGGCCUCAAUGAGGGCCCAGAGCCCUAUUCCCAAUCUCUACCUUACAGGGCAGGAUGUGUUCACCUGUGGUUUUUUGGGAGCCUUACAUGGGGCCCUGCUGUGUAGCAGCACCAUCCUACAGCGGAAUGUGCACUUGGACCUCUUGCGACUCCAGUCUCGCAUCUCUGCUGUCCUGCCCAAGAGGAUGAAUUAGCACAGGCCAAGUGGAUCAUGUAAGGCAAGGGAGCUCUGAGUGGCCCAAAAAGCUGGGCAGAAAGCGGGACACACCUGUCAAUUAUCCUCUAAUGCACUGUAAUGCCUCACCUCAUGCCUUAAUGAAAGCCAUACUUAUCAUACAUAGCUGUCAAUUGAGAUUUCCAAGGUGAAGCCUAAGGCAAAGGUUUUUUCUUUUAGAUCACGGUGGUCAAAAUCAGGUCCUUGGUGGUCUUCUAGGUGGGCUAGGAGAUGGUGUUUCCUAGCAGUGCUUCUCCUUAGGCUUCUAUUGUGGACUAGUAAUUUAUUUAGGCCAUUAAACAAAAACCAAACAUUACCUCCUUGUAACCACCAACAGUGAGAGUUCUUUACUUGGGUACAUCAUGGUACAAUGGUACAAUGUUUCUGGAAUUGGGACCAAAAUUCUGGUGACACCUCUGAAAACUAUGGGCAAGUGACUUCACAUGUCUAGGCCAGCUUCUUCAAUUGUAAAUGAGGUGGGAGAUGGAGGGAUUACAUAAUUUCUUCUUUUUUUUUUAAACCUUUACCUUCCGUCUUGGAGUCAAUACUGUGUAUUGGCUCCAAGGCAGAAGAGCGGUAAGGGCUAGGCAAUGGGGGUCAAGGGACUUGCCCAGGGUCACACAGCUGGGAAGUGUCUGAGGUCAGAUUUGAACCUAGGAACUCCCAUCUCUAGGCCUGGCUCUCACUCCACUGAGCUACCCAGCUGCCCCUUGGAUUACAUAAUUUCUAAGGUCCCUUCCAGCCCCAAAUGUAUCACUGCAUCUCUCUGUGAGAGGCACCGAUUGUAGGUCUCUCAUGAGGGUUAUAAAGAAAGGUAAAGAAUGGAGUGAAUUCAGUCUAAUGAAUGAAAUAGGAGGUAAGAGAAUUGGCUUGGUGGUCAGGGAAGCAUGGGCUCAAGUCUUACCAGUAACAGAUGCUAGCCAAGUUGUUGACUUCUUAAGGAUCUAAACAACCCUCUAAGACGAAGUGGCAGUUCCUCCCUAUACCAUUGAAGUCACAGGUCUAGUCCCUAUCCCAAGUUUAAACUCUAGGGCAGCAACCAUCUGCCUUUUGAGUGGAUUCCAAGGGCCCAGAGUGAGAAUUGCCUUCAUUAAGUAUUCUUGGUAGGGUCACUUUGAAGUUUUCUAUCAAAGCCCCAAGGUUGGUCCCCUUCUGAAUAAUAAAGUUAGUGAGAUUUUAUGUUAAAAGCAUAAUCCCUGCUUUUCUCUUAUUUUUCUAUGUGCUAUAAUCCCUUUUUUAGGGUAUAAAAUCCAUGUUUUAUCUUGGCCUCCCUUACUCAGUUGGUUGAAGAAAGUGCUUUUGAAGCUCUGAAUUACUGUUUAUUCAGAGCAGGCACUUCCUUCCUUUUUGGUAUGUGGGGAUAGAAUGAAUAGGAAGAUUUUUCUAGAUACCAAAGCAGACUUUGGAAGAAGGCUCAGGUCAAACUGGUUUUGAGGAAGAACUAUUCAUCUCCAGCUUGUUUUUAAUCAUUGGCCACAGCCAAUCUAAGGCCAACUUAGAUGACUAGAUUAUAGACAGCUUCACUGGAGUUUGGUUCACGUGUGUGUGUGUGUGUGUGUGUGUGUGUGUGUGUGUGUGUGUGUGUGUGUGUGUGUGUGUCACAGCAAUGUCCUCAGCACCAGAUUUUCCCAAAAGCCUCUAGUAUGUAUGUUCUCCAUCCCCUGUACUUCUUCAGUUACAUAAGUGGAGAAUACUAGGUCAUCAGCAACAACUACUCAAAGGUAUAGCUACAAACAUGUCUGUAAGUUCUUUUCCAAAACUUUUGGGUUUAGGUGAAAGCACAGAUUCAACAUAAUUUCCUUUUUAGGGAGAAUAGUUAUAAAUUCAUUCUUCCUAGGCUGUGGUCUCCUAUCAUUAUUGUGUAUUCUUUAUGUGAAAUAAAAUUUUCAUGAUAUUGAUAUUUACUUUCUAACAAAACACCUGGCUCUUAGGAAGGACAUUAUUGAUAGGCUAAGUGUCCAGAAGAGGGAAAGCCAGACAGACGGUGAAAGAUCUUUGAAUCUGUCAUAUGAGGAUUUGUUGAAAGAACUCGAGCUGUUGAGAAUGUAAAAGAAGCCUCCAAGACUGAUCCGAAGGCUUCUUUUAGUAUCUGAAGGGCUGUGAUAUAGAAGAGGGAUUAACUUGUUCUGUUUGGCCCCAGAGAGCAGAACCAGGGCCAAUGGAUAGAAAUUGCAGAGGGAACUUCAGGCAUGGUGUCAAAGAACAUCUCAUAAUAAGAGCUGUCCAGAACGGUAAUGCAUUGCCUCUCAAGUCCUGGGUUCUGUAGUGUGGCUUCUUUUUUUGAAUCUUAGUAGCACUGGCUUAGAUAGCUAGCGAGAUUCCUUCCAACUCUCAAAUUCAGUAAUUCUGGAAAAAGAUUUCUAUUACCUGUAUUAUACAAGGAAGUAAUGUGCACCAUGAGAAUAUCCAUCCUAUAAACAUAAUAUUCUUGAAGGACUCUUAACUAUUCAAGCUUGUUUUUUGAGAGCAAAAAUCCCAGGUAUUCCUAAACUUGUAAAUAACAUACAUACAUUCAGUCAAGUUGGAUUUUCUUAAUACUGUUAAAGGCUCUAGUUAUGGUCCAGUUAUACUGUAUAUUCUGAUUUUCUACAUUUCCUUUUAUUCUGUAAGAGACCUGAAUUGAAUGAUGUGACCUACCCAUACCUUUCCCAUUUUUUUCUGCCUUUCAUCUUUUUUUUUACCCUAAAAUGAACUGUUUAUAUGUAAAUCCUGUGUCAUGUGAUAAUCUCAUCUGAUAGGCUUUGUAGUGUGUAUGAACUGAAUCUGACAAAUAAAGCUGGUCUCAGUACUACAAUAUAAAA